GGCUUUGGGCGUAUGCAGAUCUUCAUAUUCUGCAGCUGUGCCGUAAUCCAGGUGUACGUGACCAACGAACAGCUCGGUUUAGUGGUGAUCGUGGCGGGUGCUACCUGUGACCUGGGCAUACACGAUCAUCGGCUCUCGUGGCUCUACUGCGCCGUCAUUACUGGCCAGAUUCUGAUUAGCCCUUAUAUGGGCUAUAAGGCGGAUGAAAUCGGACGGCGAAAAAUGCUGCUCAUAACCAUGAUCCUCAGCCUGGCGGCGUCCCUGCUCUCGGCUCUCAUGCCAGAGUUUUGGUCAUUUCUGGUGAUGCGCUUUUUCGUGGGCCUCUUCGUGACAGGACCAUCAUCGUUGAUUGUGACCUACUUGAGUGAGUUCACGAAGAUUUCGCUGCGAGGUAGCGUGAUCAACUACCAGAGCUACUUCAUCGGUAUCAGCAUGAUCUUAAUGACAUGUAAGACUCACAGUCACCCACUUUUCGAAUCUAUAGCCUGGCGUAUUUUCAUGGCAGGUGUAGCCUCGGUUCUGCUUCCCCUGAAGUUGCACCACAGAAUCGUGAACGAUUAUGCCCUCACCAGCUGGCGAGUUGUGGCCCUACUCAAUCUGCUACCUGGAAUCAUUGGACUUGUCACUCUGUGGUUCCUGCCCGAAAGUCCAAAGUAUUACCUGGCCGUUGAUCAGCAAAAGAGAGCCAUGGAGGCGCUGGAGAGAUGCUGCCGCCUCAACAAGGGCAAGGACGUAACGCUCUCCAGUCUGGGAGUUGAGUCGGUAACUCAGCCACGUUUGCCCGAAAAGCCAAUCCAUCGCAGUGCCUUCGCCCGUCAAUGGUACGAUGUGGCUCCCCUCCUGCGUGGCCUAUAUUUCCGGCAUUUGGCGCUCGCCUCCGCCGCCAUUUUCAUAUUGUUAGGCACUGGCGCUGGUCUUGCCAGCUGGAUGCUGCGUGUCCGCAAUCUCACGCUGAAAAACAAGGAUUCGCAGACCAUCUGUGUGGUGCUCGAGAAAUUUGAUGAACACAAAAUGGAUCUUCCGAAGUGUGAUUUGGGAAUGGAUGAUCUGAAGGACUCUGUUUUCCAUGGCCUCGCCGUUCUUGGUGUCUUCAUAUUUACAAGCAUCCUUCUCAUCUGGUUCGGCCGCAGAGUCAUCGUUUUUCUAUAUGUUUUAGGGGCAGCCCUUGCUGGCUUCCUCUUGAACUUUGCGAAGGACGAAACGUUGAUACUCGUUCUAUUUCUCAUUUACAUUGUUGCUCCACUGUGCAGCCUGAGGCUGACCCUAUCGAUGCUCAUUGAUCUAAUACCAACCAAUCUCAGGGGCAAAGCUGUAUCCAUUAGUAUGAUGGUUGGGUGUCUGGGAGGCCUGGUCGCCAGCCUUUUCGUAGGCUACACCAUGAAGCUCAACUGCUACGUCACCUUCAAUACCUUUGUGCUGGCUCUAAUAUUUUGCGCCAUCUUGAUCGUAAUGCUACCCUCUGAUGGGAAUAUGAGGUUUAAAAAAGGAUCGGUGUAAUCCGUUGCAGCUUUU